CAUAUAUUCAGUUUGCGGGCUUAGUUGUGUUGCAGAGCACCUUCAGGGUGCAGGAGAGGCAGCAGCAGAGAAACACGUGUUUGUUCUUUGUCUUUGUUCGUUUUUAUUUAUUUUUAUUUGAUCGCCUGUUUGCGUUUCUAGUCAGUUGAGCCGUGAAGCGGUGGCACAGGAGGAGCUAAGACCGAAUGUAAGCGAAUUGAUCGAGAAAGAGGAAGAAGGAGCAAACAGAAAGGAAAGAAGGCCCUUUGAGUUUUCUGAAGAUCUUUAAGCAAGUGACUGCGGUUUUGACAGAACAAACCCAGCCAAUGAAAACGUGCUGUGCAUUUAGAGACAAAAGGGGAACAUUGAGGAGUGGACUUGUGACCUCCAGCAUUCCUUGUAACAGAGGGCGAGCUCACUGAUGUCAGUCUGCCUUGUGAUUGGCUGGAGCGAUGGCAGGUACCAAGGUGGAGAAGCUCGAGGGAGGCAAAAGGCCACCGGGGGUCAUGGCCCCGCCGGAAGGUGGCUGGGGCUGGAUGAUCGUCGCUGGAUGUUUCCUCGCCACCAUCUGUAUCCGGGCAGUGACCAGAUGUGUUUCCAUGUUCUUUGUGGAGUUCCAGCUGCACUUUGAGAAGGAUUAUUCGACCACCGCCUGGAUCAAUAGUCUGAUCGACGCCACCACCAUGCUCUGUGCUCCUCUGGGUGGUUUCCUUGGGGACCGACUCUCCUGCAGAGCUACAGUGAUCCUGGGAGGUCUGCUGUCUUCUUCUGGUCUGGUCCUCAGCUCCUUUGCUUCCAGUCUGGAAUAUCUAUACAUCUCCCUGGGCAUCCUCCCAGAUUUGGCAACAUAUCCAUCCUCUACAGGUCUUGGCUUUGCUCUUAGCUACACACCAGCUAUAGCGAUGGUUGGGAGGUACUUCAGUGAGAGGAAAGCUCUGGCCUAUGGCAUCGCCAUGUCUGGGAGUGGCAUUGGGACCUUCAUUCUGGCUCCUGCAAUCCAACUGCUUAUAGAGCAUUACUCCUGGAGAGGAGCUCUUCUCAUCCUGGGAGGAUUUGUUUCCAACCUGUGUGUCUGUGGUGCUCUGAUGAGGCCGCUGGAACCAAGAAGAAGUGAAGGGAUAUGGGAGAACAAUAUGGCAAACCUGGAAAAAGAUUGUAUGACAACAGCACUGGAUUCCAAAGACACAAAACAAGUACCUGCUGAUUGCAGCCAAGUGGAAGCAAAGCAGCUGGAAAUAAACAACUUAAUGGAUACUCAAAGGCUGCUUAUCGCCACUGGAGCGCUCAAAAACUUUGACCUUAAAAACAACAAACUAGUUCAGGGGAACAUAGCGCUGUUAUCAAGUUCAAGCCCGUCUGAUCGGAAGAUAGCUGAUUGCAUUUUAUUUAGCAACAAGCUAACAGAGACAGUGCCAGGGGGGCUCAAACACUCAGAUCACAAACUAUCAAAUGCUAGCACAACUGAGGACUCAAAAUUGGUGGAAAGCAUGAAAUUGAAAAAGGCAGCUGACAUGGAUGCUAAGAUAGCAGAGCCUUUAGUGAGCACAAACACUUCAUCCAGAGGUCACUGUUUUUGUCUCGAGUCCAGGGAAGAGUUUAGAUUUCUUGUGAUACCCGACUUCCUGAUUCUGUCUGUGUCCUUACUGUUUCUGGCUUAUGGCUGCAGCGCUCCAGUAGUUUACCUGGUUCCUUAUGCUCUCAGCAUGGGGUUGGAGUCCCAGCAGGCUGCCUUCCUCAUGUCCAUAUUUGGAGUCAGCGGCAUUGUGGGUAACAUCACCUUUGGAUGGAUCACGGACAGGAAGUAUCUGAAGAGGUAUCGCAUGCUGAGCUACAUGAUGGCAAUAGGCAUGGAUGGCCUUUGCUGCAUGUUCAUCCACCUCCUUCACUCCUUCCCCCUCCUGGUCCCAUUUUCUGUACUCUAUGGGUACUUUGACGGGGCAUAUGUGGCGCUUAUCCCAGUGGUGACCUCUGAUGUUGCGGGCUCCACCUACCUGACCUCCGCUCUGGGUGUUGUCUUCUUCCUGCAUGGCAUCCCCUACCUGAUUAGCCCACCAAUCGGAGGUUGGUUAGUAGACAGGACAGGAAAUUACAAGGCAACCUUCUUUCUCAGCGGGGCUUGCUUCCUGUUCAGCUCUGUGGUUCUAGGAGCUGCCAUGCUCGUCAGACGCUGCCAGACGUCCAAGUCUCACUCAGCUGCACGCUUAAAUCCCAAUCACACUGCUGCUGCAGCUCAGCAGGGCAUCAUAUGACAAUGCAAUCAAGAUGCUGCUCCUCCAACUGCAUGGAUGUGCACCUUACCACUGCUGGUAUGUUCAGGUGCUAUUUUGAUAUGUAUUAUACACUGUUGAUGUGUUUUGGACAUGACACUUGAAGCUCAGACUCAACAAGAGCAAUGCUGUCAGAACCUGUGCCUUUAAAGAAACAAUGUUGUGACUUUAAGACACUUAUUAUCUUGAAAUGGCGUUCUUUUUUCAGUAAGAGAUUUCUGUUUGUUUGAUGUGGAUCUUUUGUUUUGUAAAACUAAAGGGCAUUCACACUUCACGGACGCCAAAACUUGCAAGCACUUUGUCAUUAACAUUCACCGUCUUUAGUGAACUUUCCAAUUAUGUUGAGAUGUUCACUCUGAUUUAAUACAAAAUGUUGCUAUUCAAAAAAAUAUAUUAUUGAAAAAUAUAUAUUUUUAAACUUGGCCCUUAUUUUCCAAAAUGGUCCAUCUUGCCAAUUGAUUAUGUUGAACAUUUCAUUACUACACUUGCAGGUAUGACUGCAGUGUAAGCAGUUAAAACAAUGAUACUCUCACCAGUAUUUACCUUUUGAAAUAUAUUUGAACAAUUAUGAUACAUCUGGUCUUGUAGCCCUAGUAAAAAAUUGCUCAAAUUGCUUAGUGAUUUUGCGUUGCUGGCUGUCAGUUUCCCGCUAUGUUUGUACCAUAUCAGAAGAAAAGUGUGAUUCAUUUGCAUGUAUCAUGAACAUGUGAAAGAAAUGUUAAUGUUCUUGCACACCAUCACGUCUUAGUAGGAAGUGCAAGGGACCAAAACACUGCAGACUGAGUCUGUGUGAAGCAAAAAUAAAUGUGUUCUGAGUCUGUCACACCACAGUAAAAUGUAGUAAGCACCCAGACAAAAGUGUGACUAAAUAAGCAGUAUUUUCUGCUUUGAGAUGCUGGGGGCAUGUCCGCAAGGGACUGAUGCUGUGUGCUAUGGCUCUAACAUUAGUAGUAACCAUAGACUGAUAGCGACAUCGUUUUUAUACAGUAGGGGAGGGGUUAUGUUAAAGAUGACCCCGGUGUGUCCUUGAACCAUGAUUUCAGACCGCCCAAAAAAUCCUGGACACAGAAAUGGUUAAAAAAAACAACUGUUUAAUGGUUUUACUCCACAAUUCACUACUACACAGUUUACAGUCUACUCACAUGUUUUCAACAAGUAUUUUUUAACAUAAUGUGAUUGGAACAAAAUCACUGAUUUUGCUUUACCUGAAAUGUAAUGAUGAUGGCUAGAUAUGCUCAGUUCACCAUAAACUUAUAAAGAAUCAUGAACAACAUAUAGUAGGAUAUUUCUUAUCAAGGAUGCUUGAUUGUAUUAAUGUGAAAACAAAUAAUAAUUUCAAUACCUCAGAUUACACAACCUUUAUUUCUAAGAAUAUGAAACUGGCUUUUAGCCUGCACUGGAGCUGGUCUCUCUCUAAAGGAAUCCAUAUUUGGGAAAAGUCGUAUUCAUACUGUGAUUAGUGAUAUUUUUGUUGAAGGACAAUAGAAGAAAUCUUGUUUGAAAAAAACUUAGGUAACUUUUUCAACAAGUUACAUUUUUUUCACAAUAAUUUAAAACUGAAAAUCAUCGACAUUCUUUAGACUUUAAUUUAGUGAUUUAAUUGUGUUAUGUCUUAUGUCAAUAUUCACCUUGCCUUUUAAUAUGCGGUGUAUCCCUAUACAUUAAUGUUAUUAUUUACAGCAACAAAUAUCAAAACAUGUGAGACAUUUCAAGCUAAGACAAUGUGCUGAGUUCUUACCCUACCAACCCUUACUCCACAAAUGCUAACAGGGGGUUAGGGUAAGCUUAAUCCAUUUGUAAUAAAAAUGAAAAAAUGAAACCCUUAACAGAGUUUAAUAUGUGAAAAUAAUCUUUUAGAAAAUACCACACAAAAAAUGGGAAGGAAGAGGUGACAGUCCCCUUAUACCUGGAAAGCUGGAAAGAUGAAAAUGUCUGAACUGGUGCUCAUAUUUAGCCAUUUGUGCUUAACUUUUAAGACUAGUGUGUGGUUUACAGUGACCAAUAAACCUCUUUCACUAUGAAAACCAUAUUAAAAAUAUAACUCAAGACCAUGAAAGUCAAGGACAGUUGUGUUUGGUGUGUGCUAAUCAUGUCACUUGACAAGAACCUAAAUGUGAUAGUUUUGUUAAAGGUCCAAUGUGUAGGAAUUUAUCCCAUCUAGCGUUGAGAUCGUAUCAACUCUCUUUCACCACGCAGUUCAAAUGACGUAUUACAGCUACGGUAGCCUUGACGCUUCAAAAAGCCGGUCUUUUUCUUUUUUCAAUGUCCUUUUUCUUUUUCUGGGCGAAGAAGAGGACUCCUGUUCCUGAAACUUAGAUUUUGAAUACGUGCAUGAGGAAGAGUGGCAAUCGGGAGAGUCGGAAUUUUCCAGGUGGGCCGGUAGUGUUUCGAGGCCGCUCCGGCCGGUCUGAUCGUCCGCUCCGGUAGCCGCUGCCCGCUGGUCAAUCUAAUCUGUACGGUGGGCUGCGCAGCCUCUUAUUUAUUUAAUUAAUUUAUACUGUUUAUUGAUCCCCAGUGGGGAAAUUACAAUUUACACUCUGUUUGUUAGAAAUCAC